GCUCUCUACUUGAUAUCGCCGAUCUCGCUUUGUCUGUUGAUAUCCACCAUCGUCUCGAUAGCCGUCAAGUACGCCAGUUCCACGGGUCAGCUCUUUGCCUACAUGACUCGCUUCUUCGGUACUUUUGUGCUCUCCGUGCCGGUGGAAGCGACUGCCUGGGACCAGUUUCGUGUGCAACCGCUAGUCUGGGUGAGUUUAGGUUGA